AUGUCUCCUGAUAGUUUCUUGAUCGCAAGUUUUGUGCCGUCGGCUAGAGUUGCUUUGAACACCAAUCCAAACCCACCACAGCCGAUUAUGUUUGACUGGUUGAAAUUGUCCGUGGCCUUCAGUAUAUCAGCCACGGUAAGGUCCUGUAUCUUGCUCUUGUUGCUAGGGAAAAGCACGACAAGGCUGGUUUCCUUUGGAAUUUCCGGAAAUACCCCCGACGAGUUGAAUGAAAUCGUGUCCAUGUCCUUCUCAAUUUCACCUCUCCGGAUGACCCUCCUCUUGGUAAAAAACAAGUACAGAAGCAGAAUCAGGGUGAAAAUGGCCGAGGAUAUAACAAGUGUUAAUAUAAUGGUUCUCUUCCUCUUCCUUUUCACGCUUCUCGGAUUCCUCGUAUUGCCCGACUGA